UGUGCCCAGAUCCGGGGCCUAAGCAAGUAAUUCCAUCACUGGGGCCUUAAAAGGAUGGCACUGCCUUUGGUUUCUGUGGAGAGUUUGACCUUCGAACAGUAGGCUGGGGUGUUUCCAAGGAUACAAAUUGUGACCAACAGGCAAGUGCUCAGCGCUGGCAGUUGGCUGGGCAAGCCGUCCUGCUCCAGACUGCUUCCUGCAGCCGAAUGUAGGCAGGGCAGGAAAUACCACUCGGUGGUCCCUUGCCAAUGGUCCAGCUGACAGCCACCCCAGCCAGCGCCCUUUCUGAUGAGCCGGUGCACAUCCGAGCGACAGGCCUGCCUCCGUUGCAGCUGGUGACCCUCACAGCAUCUCUGGAGGAUGAGAAGGGGAAUCUGCAUUGGUCCAAAGCCUUCUACAGGGCUAACGAGGCUGGUGAGCUGGACCUGAAGCAGGCUCCUUCAUGUGGAGGCGACUACACGGGGGUCCAUCCGAUGGGCCUCUUCUGGUCUCUGAAGCCUGAGCGGCCUUUCGGAAGGCUGCUUAAGAGGGAUGUGAUGAACAGCCCCUUUUUGGUCACUCUGGACCUAUACGACUUAGUGUACUUCGAUGGUGUGCCCACGGUUCCGCCCAGGGCCAGCCAGGUGGUGCAGCGCUGGUUCCGGCGCCCGGGGACGCAGCGGGUGCAGAUCCGGGAAGGCCGCGUGCGAGGAGCCCUUUUCCUCCCUCCAGGGGAAGGCCCUUUUCCAGGAGUCAUGGAUCUGUUUGGGGGUGUGGGGGGUCUAGUUGAAUUCCGAGCCAGCCUUCUGUCUGCCCAUGGCUUUGCGGUCCUGGCAUUAGCAUAUUUUGCCUAUGAAGACCUGCCCCACCCACUGCAGGAGGUGGACUUGGAAUACUUUGAGGAAGCUGCCAACCUGCUACUCGCUCAUCCCAAGAUCCAAGGGCCAGGAAUCGGAGUGCUUUCCGUGAGCAAAGGUGCAGAGAUUGGGCUGGCCAUGGCCUGCUUCCUGAAGCAGGUGACAGCCAUUGUCUGCAUCAAUGGGACCAAUGCCGUCUUUGACUUUCCCAUCAAGUACAGGGAUCUGGUCAUGUCACCCAUCCAGUCAUUUCUGGAGCACACACAGAUCCACGUCUCAGGGGCUAUAUGCCUCUUCCACUGCAGGGGGGACCCCCGGGAAAAACGGAAUCAGCAGAGUGUGUUUCCUGUUGAAAAGGCCCAGGGUCAGAUCCUCUUCAUUAUAGGAGAGAAUGACCAAGUGUUCAAUGGCAUGGAAUAUGCUAAGCAGGCCCUGGAGCGGCUGAAGAGUCACGGGAGAAGCAAUGGAAGGAUGCUGGUCUACCCCGGGGCAGGCCAUCUCCUGGAGCCGCCCUAUGCACCCCUAUGCUAUGCUUCCCAAGGUCAGCCCACUUCCCGUAAUCGCUCCCGUUCCGUUAAAUACCCCGUUUCCAGACCUCUGCUCUGGGGAGGGGACCCUGUUGCCCAUGCCGCAGCCCAAGAGCAUGCCUGGGGGGAGAUCCAGAAAUUCUUCAGGCAACACCUCACCCAAACCAGAAGCCAUCUCUGAGCAAGGGCUCUGGGUGAGAUGUGGUAGGGAGACAAAAACGAGGAUAAGGCAGGAGUAUAGUAAGGAGGGGGCUCCUCUGAGUUCUCUACAUUCUCAGUAAUCUUGAAUCAACUGGAAGAACAUUGGACAAAAUCAAAGGACCAGGGCAUAAGGGCAUCUGACAAAUUUGUAUGUACUUUGAAUUUUCGUAAAUUGAAUCUUUGUUUAUAUGCACCAGGAUAUGUUGCUAUUUCAAUGCAAACUGAAUAAUCUUUUGUACCCCAGUUAGGAUUACCUUGGAUCCAGGUAUUGCCAAUCUAGAUAAAUUCCCUGGAACUUCCAAGUUACUUGUGGAAAUACGUUUUCUGUUUAAACUAUUCGAGUUGAUUUUCUGACAUUUGAUAUGAAAAGUUCCAAUACCACCAUCGAGUAUAAUGUGCUUGCUAUAGAUUUCCAGUAGCCAGCAUAAUUUCAUAUUUUUAUAAUAAGUAUGCUUCUUUUUAUUCCUAAAAUAUAUUUUUUGUUACAAAUUCAAUCAGAAAUGAGAUUGAAGUUAACCAAGUUCUUGGCAGCAUUUCUUGAAAUUAAAUGAGUUAAUAUGUUUAAAGCUCUUAGAAUUGUGCCUGGUGCACAGCAAUUUCUGUAUGAGUUAGCUAUUAUUAUUUUCAUAAUGAUGUCCUUCUUCAACCUGUUAAUGUAACAAGUUACAUUCAUUAAUAAACUAAUUUUGCCUAUUCGUCUAACUUAAAUAGAUGAAUUUCUCAUAUUGACUACUUCGGGUUUUAAAAUGUAUUAUGGAGCCAACCUA